AUGUUCCAAAGAUUUACAGAAAUUAAUUUGAUAUAGAGCCAUAACCAAAAAUUGGAAUACAAAUAGAAGUUAUAUAUUUAUUAUUUGAAUCCCAUCUAUUUCUAUUAUAAUAAUAAGACACUAAAAGUUUAGAUAAAUUUUAAGUAUAACAUCAAAAGUAAUUUUAUAUAUGCGACUGAAUUUUUCUUGCUUUCUGAUACUGCUUAGGAAAAAAUUCAUGAAUAAUAUUUUUAACUGAAGAAGAAUAUGCAAUUUUAGUUGAUGCAAUAUAAUCUAAAGUUUUAGUUUUAAGUUAUGAAAAUUAUGAAUAGUAUGAAUUUAAAGAUGCAGUAUAUUUUACAAGAGCAUUUUAUAAUACAAAAAGUGAAGAAUUCUUACCAGAAAUAAGUAAAUGGCCAAAGGUUUGUUAUUGUAAAAAACCAUAAAAUCCUGAUUUACCAUAUGUAUUUUGUGAUAUGUGUAAUUAAUGGAUACAUCUUAAAUGUGAAGGAUUAACAGAAGAAUAAGUUUAAAAUAUAGAAUCAUUUAUAUGCACAUAUUGUAAAGGAAAAUGA